CAGGAAGAGUUGCAAAGAAUUGAGCUGCUCAGGAAGCUGGACUGACGGGGUGGAGGGGAAGGAGGGGCCAUCUUGAGAGUGGAGUGUGGUGAAUUCUACCUUACCUCCAUGCAGGUCCCCAUGGGCCCAGCCUGCAUCUUCCUGAGGAAAGGCAUCGCUGAGAAACAGAGGGAGAGACCCCUGGGACAAGAUGAGAUCGAAGAGCUCCGAGAAGCAUUUCUUGAGUUCGACAAGGACCGGGAUGGAUUUAUCUCUUAUAAGGACUUGGGGAAUCUCAUGAGAACCAUGGGUUACAUGCCCACAGAGAUGGAGCUGACUGAACUGGGCCAACAAGUCCGCAUGAACUUGGGGGGCCGUGUAGACUUUGAAGAUUUUGUGGAGUUGAUGACGCCCAAAUUGCUUGCAGAAACAGCGGGGAUGAUUGGUGUUCAGGAGAUGCGCGAUGCCUUCAAGGAGUUUGACGCCAAUGGGGACGGGGAGAUCACCCUGGGGGAGCUGCAGCAGGCCAUGCAGAGGCUUCUCGGGGAAAAGCUCACACCCCGGGAGAUUGCUGAGGUGGUACAGGAGGCUGACAUUAAUGGAGAUGGCACUGUUGACUUUGAAGAGUUUGUGAAAAUGAUGUCUCGCUGAGCAAGGAGGCCCUGGAAGCUCCACAUGCUCUCUG